AUGGUAACUUGGGUCCAGGUCGACAAGCAGGACGCACCUCUGAACACGAGGCCCCAUUGCCUGGCCAUCUGUCAACCAACCGCAUCCACUGCACCUCAGAUAUGCGGAGUGCAUGACAGGACAGCAUCGAGCUGCUCCACAAAGUCCUUGUUCUGGUUGACACGCGUCAUUUCUCCUGAAAUUAAUUCCAAAGCACCAGUCUCGGAAAUGGGCGCAGCAAUAUUCAGACUUUGGGUCUGCUGGUUCGGAUUGCACACUCCCGGCCCCAGUGCUGCAGAUCGCAUGUAUCUGAUGCCAAACUUAACCGUUCUAACAAGUCGCCUCCGACACAUGACUGUGGCCAGGGUGAUACUUUUGGUACCAAGCUUGGAUGUACGCUACCGUCAUUGA